CCGCGAGCACGUAUGUGCGCGCGCACGCGCUGGCCAGCGGAUUCCUCCCAUCACAACCAAAAUGGCGACUGAGCGGACAGCCGGCCCGGCUCGCCGCGAUGACUGACAGGCGAGCGAAAACGUUUCGCUUGGCCGGACUCUACAUAGUCACAUUCUGGGACGACUGACCAUACGCACGAAACGAUGGCUACUACAUAAGUGCAGUGGCACCGGUAGAUGACACACGACGAAGCAGCGCCCGAAGGACUAAAAAUAACGUUUUCAACUGGGGCACCCGGUGGUAAUGGGAAAUGAUGGAGGACAAAGGCCCUCGUGUAGCCGACUAUUUUGUCGUGGCAGGACUGACAGACUCAUCCAAGCCGUUGGACCAGGAAAUCCACUUUGACGAUGCCUGCCAUAAAACUGCCAAGCCCAAGUCCCCCAUCACUGAUGUGGCUGUGGUCAUCCGCUCGAUGGGUGAUGAGGUGCCGCCAGGGUUUACAUGCAUUGAGACUACACCAAGUGGACAUUCUGCUGAUCUCAAUAAUGGAGGACUUAUGGCACCCCAGAUUUUCCUAUGCUACAGGCGAGGUUGCGACAAGCCACCACUCAUUGAACUAGGUGUCCUCUAUGAGUGGAAAGAGCGACUAAAGCAGGGCUGCCACCUUAUCCAGACAACCCCCUCUGGUCGCCCAGCCAACAUCAGUGGAAACUCAUCCCAGCGCAUCUAUGUCACCUACCGGAGGGCACCUGAGAGCCAACCGCACGCUGCUCUGGCUGUCACCGACAUCUGUAUCAUUAUUCCAAGCAAAGGAGAGACACCUCCCCACACCUUCUGCAAGGUGGAGAAGAAUCUGAACAGCAGUAUGUGGGGUUCCUCUGUCUACCUAUGUUAUAAGAAGUCUGUGACCAAAACCAACUCAAUAGCAUACAAAGCAGGAUUAUUCAGCAGAUAUCCAGAGGAGGACUAUGAGUCAUUCCCACUGCCAGAAUCUGUUCCUCUCUUCUGCCUUCCCAUGGGGGCCACAAUUGAGUGUUGGCCCGUUAACACCAAAUACUCGCUGCCUGUUUUCUCUACAUUUGUUCUAACUGGGGCCUCUGGAGAGAAGGUAUACGGUGCAGCCAUACAAUUCUAUGAGCCCUACCCACAGGAGUGUCUCACUGAUCAACAGAGCUCCCAGCUGGGUCUACUUAACACAGACACACCCAAAGCCUCCCCCUGCAACAGCCCAACUGAUGUCACCAACAAGAACACUUCUUGCACCUGCUCUGUCUACACCAACAAAUGUAUCUGCCUGCUUUCUCACUGGCCCUUCUUCGAUGCCUUUCGCAAGUUCCUCACCUUUCUGUAUCGCUAUUCCAUCUCUGGCCCUCAUGCCCUGCCAAUUGAAAAGCACAUCUCUCAUUUCAUGCACAAAGUUCCUUUCCCGUCUUCUCAGAGGCCUCGCAUCCUCGUGCAGCUUUCCCCUCAUGACAGUCUGAUGUUGAGCCAGCCUGUAUCUUCUCCAUUACCACUCAGUGGCGGACGAUUUUCCACAUUACUCCAGAACUUGGGUCCAGAGAAUGCCAUCACCCUGCUGGUGUUUGCUGUCACUGAACAAAAGAUUCUGGUUCACUCAUUACGACCGGCAGUACUGACCAGUGUAACCGAAGCUUUGGUGUCUAUGAUCUUCCCCUUCCACUGGCCUUGCCCGUAUAUUCCCCUUUGCCCCCUGGCACUGGCAGAUGUGUUGAGUGCCCCAUGCCCAUUUAUCGUAGGAGUGGACUCUCGUUAUUUUGAACUUUAUGACCCGCCACCAGAUGUGAGCUGUGUGGACCUGGACACAAACACCAUAUUCCAUAAUGAAGAUAAGCGUACCCUCACAUGGAAGAGCUUGCCCAAGAAAGCCUGUAAAAACCUAAUGAAUGUGCUGAACAAUCUCUACCAACAACUAGUUGAUGGUCAGCACCGGUCUGAUAGCCUGCUGGAGCUCAGUAUGAGUGAUUUAACAGAGUUAAGCUGUGGGAAAAGUCUCCAUACUGUGGAGCUCGAGAUCCAGGAAACCUUUCUGCGCUUCAUGGCAGCCAUUUUAAAGGGAUACCGUUCCUUCCUGCGUCCCAUCACCCAGGCACCAUCUGAGAAAGCCACAGAUGCCAGCUCACUUUUUGACUUGCAAGGGUUCUUGAAAAGCCGUGACCGCUCCCACCAGAAGUUCUAUUCACUGAUGACCAAAACCCAGAUGUUCAUCCGUUUUAUUGAGGAGUGCUCCUUUGUUAGCGACAAAGAUGCCAGUCUGGCCUUCUUUGAUGACUGUGUAGAAAAACUGUACAGCUCUGACCGGAGUGCUGAAAAGGGGGUCAAGGUAGAUGGUGACAGGCCAGAGGAAACCAGGCUGAUAGAGACUGAUGAAUCUUACCGCAGUGAGCACACGGUCUUCAUCACACCUCCAGAGUUGCCUCCUCUGCAUGAGAGUGAAGAGCAUACAUUAUGCUACAGAUAUGAUGGCUUCCCAGUUUUAAGUCUUGACCUUUUUGACCCAGUGGAAGGACUUCAGACCCCAGCUUCUCGCCUCAAUGCCAGGCACAGCUGUCCCACCAGCCCCGCACCCAUGUUUCGGCGCAGCAAGCAGGAGAUUAAAUCAGCCCAGAAAAUAGCCAAAAAAUACUCGUCCAUCCCAAAGCUGUGGUCCAUGUGCCUCCUGCGCCAUUGUUAUGGCCUCUGGUUUAUCUGCUUGCCUGCAUAUGUGAAGGUUUGCCAUUCGAAGGUACGAGCACUUCGUACCGCCUAUGACGUCCUCCGUAAGAUGCAGUCUAAGAAGCUGCAGCCACCUGAUGAGGUGUGUUACAGAGUGCUGAUGCAGCUUUGUGGACAAUACGGUCAGCCUGUCCUUGCUGUCAGGGUCCUCUUUGAGAUGAAGAAAGCAGGAGUCCACCCCAAUGCAAUCACAUACGGCUACUACAACAAGGCGGUGUUGGAAAGCACAUGGCCAACCAGCACGAGAGGAGGCUACUUCCUUUGGAUGAAGCUGAGGAAUGUUGUUCUGGGUGUGGCUCAGUUCAAACAGUCACUACGGAAACAUGCCCCUCCUCCGCAGAGCCCACUGUCAGAUGGCAGCGACAUGGAUGCUGUUAGUCAUGGCAGCCUGGAUAGCGCUGCUGACACAAACCUGAACGAGCAGGGCGCUUACACCGCUGACACCAUCAAAGUAGAUCCCACCGAUGAUAGAUCUAGCACAGUCAGCCAUGUGGGCGCCUGGGCCCACUCAUGCAGGGGGGGCUCUGAGCACAGAAAACCCACCCUCAAUCCAGGAGAUCAAUCAGAUUUGGGAUACAAUUCGCUGUCCAAAGAGGAGGUUCGCAGAGGAGACAGCUGUGCACAGGAUUCCAUUCCUGACAAGGAUAAGAAAGAGAGCGACUGCAGUUCUUUGUCAGAAACAGAGAGCACCAAGGGAAGUAAAGACUGUCUUCCUCAGCUGGACGUGGAGAUCAAUUCUUCCUUGCAUUCCCGUGGCAUUGUAAGAAGUUGUCAAUAUGACAAUUCGAAAUGUAGAACUAAGACCUCCUCAAGCACAGGCCAUGUUGCAGGUCUUCUCUUCACUUCUUCCCUGGAAGAGAUCGGUGAGAUCCAAUCUAAUAGCUUGCUCAGGAGACACAAGAGCACUCUGGAAGAAGUUGUUGGCGGUGGCUCGGCUUUUGACUGGCAGGGUGUGAGGGGGCGUUAUAUGAGUGGUGACAAAGUAGAGACCACCACCGUCCUUGGUCUGGGUAUGAGGCAGGGUGAAACAGACCCAGUUAAAAUAGCAGGACAUCUUGGCGCUGAUGCAAAAAUUCUCUCUAAUACCAAACUUGGUAAGAGCAAGAGGCCUCAGUCAUUGGAAUUGAGUGGUUUAGAGGAGACUGCUGUCACGAGAACUUGUCAAGAUGAAGAGGAGAACGACUCAAGUGAUGAGGACACACAUAAUAUCGAAGCAAUUUUUGAUUUGGAGGACUUGGAUUUGGAUAAAACUACCACAGGAGUUGGAAUGACUUGUCAAAAAACCUGCAGAUCUCAUGAGAAGGAUGUUGAAUGCAGCCCCAGCUUCUGUGGCAUGAGUAAUGUGGCAUCGAGUGGAACUGUGAAUCGCACAGGCAUCGCGACGGGCUAUGACCCUCUAUCCAUACUAGCUGCAGCAUCACACUCAGAGCAGCAAAAGGAGCAUCCGCGCCCAGAGGAUGACAGCACACCCACCGCCAACAGGCAUCUGGCAAGGGAGAUCGAGCUGUACAUGAAGCACAUGGGGAGCCCACUGAGCAGUCGUACACCAAGUGUGGAUCUGCAGGACCCGGCCAGCCCCCUCAUCUUCCACCCUUCUUCACACUCUGUUACUCGAAGAGCUAGCUUACCCCAUAGCUCCCCCUUUCGGACCACAGCAGUGCCACGGUCUCGCACCUUCCACCCUCCCUCGCCCCCCCAGCUCAGAUCACAUCAACGUCUGUGGUCAUCACCGCCCCGUCGCAGCGCUAGCACCACCCCUAGUCCUUGCCCUAGCCCGCGCCCAAGGUCCUAUAGAGAGAAGACAAGCAGGAUGCAAGUCGCAACUCCCUCACCAUCCUCCUCCUCUUUUGUUCUUGACACACUGCUGACACCAACACUGGAUGUUUUCAAAACCAGUAUGUUUUCUGCUGGGAAAGGUGUGGCGGAGAAGGCCAGCCGUUGGUACUCGCGUCUGUCUACAUACACCACACCGACCAAGGACACCCACCGUCUCAGUGGGUCUGAGCUCGACGUUGGGUAUCCAGAUUCCUUCUCCGAUCAAGAUGAGGAGCACAAAAGGGAGUCAAAGAGCGAUAUGGUUUCCCCACAAAAGAAUGGGCCUCUUGGCCCAAAGGGACCUCGAAUAAGUCCUAGACCAAGCCCUUUCCACAGCAGACUAAACUGUCCCACUGCAUCAGCAAGCCACAGAAGACCAACAACUCUGCUUUCUGGCGACCUCUCACCACCUGGCUUCCCUUUGUCAGACAAGUCAGACGUGGGCUCCUCACACUACACAAGCAACACCAGCAUCUUCAAUAACUAUGCAAUGGAGCUGUUGAUAUCAAGUUGUUCACGGUGUAAGACAUGUGACUGUUUGGUCUACGAUGAGGAAAUCAUGGCUGGUUGGACAGCUGAUGACUCCAAUCUAAAUACCAUCUGUCCCUUCUGCGGAAACCCUUUCCUUCCUUUUCUUAACGUGGAGAUUAGAGACACGAGAGGACCCGGCAGGAUGUUCCUAAAGGGAAGCGCAUCUGUCGACGAGGCGAUGAGCUCUUCAUAUUCUGCCUCCACGGGCUUUGGCACAGGGACAUCCACCUUGUCCACCCCUUGUCCCAACACUGCUAUCUCGCCACCCUCCCCCGGUAUUUCUAUCCAAGACCGUUCAGUGAGAUCGAGACCUCGAUCUAUGAGAUCUCACGGUGUCAAGAUCCCCUCAGAGUGGCGCCACGGGGCUUUUUCUUCUGGAUUGGCCAUGGCCCGUAGCGUCAGUGCCUUUGGUCCAGCUGAGGAAACAUACCAGUGCAACCAUUUUGUGCCAUUCUCUGGCAGUUUACCCAGCCGCUUGAAUGAAACCACUGACCCACUGAGUAUGGACUGGCGUCUCCACAACCCUGAGCCAGUGACCGUUCCGUACCUGAGCCCGCUGGUGCUGUGGAAGGAGCUGGAGAGCCUUCUGGAGAAUGAGGGCGACCCAGUAAUUACAGAGGCUGACAUGGUGGACCAUCAUCCGAUCAUCUUCUGGAACCUUGUGUGGUACUUCAGACGGCUGGACCUACCCAGCAACCUGCCGGGACUCAUUCUCACCUCCGAACACUGCAAUAGGGAAUCCCAGAUCCCUCGUCAGUGGAUGUUAGAGGACAGCAAACAUGUGUUGAUCCAGAUACUGUGGGACAACUUGAAGCUGCAGCAGGACCCCGUUCAGCCUUUUUACAUUCUCUGGAACACGUACAAUGUGGGCUACUCUGUGUCCCGAACGGUCCCAAAAGAGGAGAAGGCGUUCACGGAGGAGCUGCUGCACAGUGUGGUGAGGAGCAUCCAGAGGAACGAUGUCGGCCGACCGAUGGCUCAUCUGCUUGAGCUACAGGACCAGACCCUCGGUCUCAAAAGGCAAAGGAGCUUGUACAGAGACCUCCUCUUCCUUUCCCUGGUGGCUCUGGGAAAAGACAACAUUGAUAUUGAUGCCUUCGAUCGCGAGUACAAGCUGGCAUACGACCGCCUGUCGCCGAGCCUGGUGAAGCUGACGCGCAACUGCGACCGCCCUCCGAGCGCGGGCGUCAUGGAGUGUCGCAGAACUUUCGGGGAGCCUUACCUCUAAAUUGCAUGAAGACGAGCUCAGGAAAAGCAGCCGAGCUGUUUGCGAGGCGGGAAUGUUCAUCGUAGCCAUCCUUCAAUCGUUUGAACUGAUGUCUCCUUCUAGAAAGACUGUUACUACGCACCAGAAAAGUAUUUUUCAAAGCAAUAUUUUUCAUGGAAACAUGGCAUGCGAAAUUACUCGCGAGGAUAUUUUCAUGUGAAUUCUAUUGAUACAAAGUAAGUUAGCCGUAUGUAUUCUAGCGCCAUCUGUUGACUGUCUUGUGGUUGUAGGUGUGUUACAGUUCGGGUCCAUCAUGCUCGCUGACAUAUUGAACAGAGUUUGACUUGAAGAGAACUGACUUCAUUCAGCAACAAUUGUAAACUGACCACCCCCCAGGUAACAAUUUAAAUCUUACCACGUGGGGAAGUGCAGUUUGCUAUCUGAUGUUUACUUUUUGUUUUACAACUGUGGUAGAAAUUGUCAAAUCUUCACAACGACCUUGUUGGACAAGCAGCUCGAUGCAAGAUCUCUGUGGAUGUUCGAAUGAGGGAGACAAUGGUUUCAUAAUCCUCCAUCUCUAGUUUUCACCCUUGUCAAAUCUCAUAUCAUAAUAAUGAUCAUAGAAAAUGGGUGGAUGUUAACACGAGGAGAUGAUCUUGAAAUGGUACCAAUGGGGAUUUUAUUAUUUUACCGUAUUUAUCAAUUGCUGUUUUAACUUGUUUUUAGAAAUCAUCUGAGCUUGCUGCAUCAUUCUCUUAAUUUCAACAAUGACACUGUUCCUCUUAUUUUCUUAUAGAAUGGCUGUUAGAAACGCUGACAUAUUCUCUACAUUCUAUUUGUCGAGCAGCACACAUGAAAAAGGCAACGCACACAGAGGCAAGACGUCAUCGUCCAUCCAUGCUUCCAGUUUCUAAUCCGCUUCUCCUCACAAGGCUCGCGGGGGGUGCUGGAGCCU